AUGGCUCAGGAGACCGUGCCCAUCCCGGAGCCUAAGGCCCUGCCUCUCCUGGGUGAAAUCGUGAGGUUACGCUUUCCCGCGAGGACCAUCGUCCUCGUUUCCACCCAAGCUCUCGUGGAUAAGACGUGCGACGAGAAGCGCUUCAGAAAGGCCAUCAACGCCACUCUUGCCGCCCGGUACGGCCCGGACCACCCCAUCAUAGUCACCGACGACUUCACCCGCCUGACUCUCGACACCAUCGCCCUCUGCUCCAUGGGCUUCCGCUUCAACAGCUUCUACUCCCCCGUCCUCCACCGUUUCAUCGAAGCCAUAGCCGACUUCCUCGCCGAGUCCGGCGAGCGCGCCAGGCGGAUGCCCCUCUCCCCCGUCUUCUAUAGCGACUUUCAACUUGCGUCCUCGGCGGGCCAAACGACUGGGUAA